CAACUUCUCCCCCUCAAUUACAAUUACACACACAAAACCCCUCUCAAACACACACUAGUGCAGUGCCCUACUGUCUCCAUAUCCACCUAUACACACAAACAUAUAUCUCUCUCCGCAAGGUUUUGUAUAAUCAAUCCGCGAUUCUCGGCCUCUUCAAUAAGUCUAUGAAGUAGCGCGGAAGUGAAAAGAGGGCGAUAUGGCGACGCUAAGAUCGAGCUUUCCGUCGCGGUUAAGGCAACUGUUAUCGAGCCAAAGAGCCAUUACUCCGUCCAUUAAACCUGUCUCUGAUACUCCGCCUGAGAUACAGGCGUUCAUCGAUAAAGUUAUACUCUGUCCAUUACAAGAUAUAGAAAUACCGCUUUCCGGCUUUCGAUGGGAGUACGGCAAGGGGAAUUUUAAUCAUUGGCGGCCACUGUUUCUUCACUUCGAUACAUACUUUAAAGCAUAUAUUUCAUGUAGAAAUGACCUUCUUUUGGCAGAUGAACUUUUAGAAGGCGAUGUCCCAUUUCCAAAGCAAGCAGUCCUACAAAUUUUACGGGUGAUGCAAAUCAUUUUGGACAACUGUCACAACAAAGGCUCGUUUAGUGGAUUAGAGCAUUUCAAGCUCUUGCUUGCUUCGACAGAUCCUGAAAUUCUGAUAGCUUCGCUGGAGACUCUCUCAUCAUUGGUGAAAAUUUCUUCAAAACUGCAUUUAAGUGGAAAAUUGGUAGAAUUGGGUUCGAUAAACUCCUGUCUGCUAUCACUAGCACAGGGGUGGGGAAGCAAAGAAGAGGGUUUGGGUCUAUAUGCAUGUGUCAUGUUAAAUGAGAAAACCCAGGAGGGAGGACUAAGCUUGUUUCCUCCUGAUUUACAAAAUGAAACUGACAGAUCACAGUAUCGGGUAGGAUCCACCCUUUAUUUUGAAUUGCAUGGCGUCAAUUCUCAAAACGUUAAAGGUUCAAGUGUUAUUAACAUCCCUGAUCUCCAUUUGCGGAUGGAAGAUGAUCUCUCACUUCUUGAACUGUGUAUUAAGCAGUACAGAGUUCCUCCUGAGCUCAGAUUUUUGUUGCUAACCAGGAUUAGAUAUGCUCAUUCCUUGCGGUCAUCUAGAAUAUCCAAGCUGUACAGCAGGAUCUGCCUUCUUGCCUUUGGUGUGCUUGUCCAGGCAAGUGAUUCACACAAUGAACUAGUGUCACUUCUUGCUAACGAGCCUGAAUACACAAAUGAAUUAAUCAGGAUUGUGAAAUCCGAAGAUACAAUCUCCGCAAAUAUUAGAACAUUGGCAAUGCAUGCCUUGGCAUCUCAGUUAGCUGCAUAUUCAUCAUCUAAUGAAAGGGCAACUAUUUUGAACGGAUCAAGCAUCAAUUUUAAUGGGGGUAAUCGCAUGACUCUCCUAACCGUUCUACAGGGAGCUAUUUUAUCACUGAAUAGCUCUAAUGACCCGUCAUCAAUUGCUUUUGUCGAAGCUCUUCUGCAAUUUUUUCUGAUUCAUGUCAUAUCUAUGUCAAGUUCACGUAAUGGUACUCGUGGGGCAGGACUAGUGCCCACAUUUUUGCCUCUAUUAAAAGAUUCUGAUAUGUCGCAUAUGCACCUUGUGUUUUUAGCCGUGAAGACUCUACAAAAGCUCAUGGAUUACAACAAUUCUGCCAUGAGUCUCUUUAAAGACUUGGGGGGAGUGGAGCUUCUGAUAAACAGAUUGCGGACGGAAGUAGACAGAGUGAUAGAUGCAACUGCAACUGGUGAUCAGUUAAUGAACAAUGUUGAGUCCUCAAGGCAUUUUUUUGACAUGAUAUAUUCUCAGAAGAGGCAUAUCAGAAUACUACUGAAAGCAUUACGAUCUGCUACCUUUGCACCAGCGAACACUUUAAGAUCUCAGAACAGUGUCUCUUUACCUUCAACCCUUUCCCUCAUUUUUAAGAAUUCAGAAACUUUUGGGGGCGAUAUAUAUUCAUCAGCUGUGGCAGUUAUGAGUGAAAUUAUUCAUAAAGACCCAACUUGUUUUUCAGUUCUAGAUGAUUUGGGUCUUCCUGAUGCUUUCCUGUCAUCAGUUGUAGUGGGAAUACUUCCUUCGUCGAAGGCUCUUAUGUGUGUUCCAAAUGGUCUUGGUGCAAUUUGUCUUAAUGCCAAAGGUCUAGAAGCCGUGAAAAGAACUGCAGCACUACGAUUCCUUGUUGAAAUAUUCACGAACAGGAAGUAUGUAUUAGCAAUGACUGAUGCUAUUGUUCCUCUGGCAAGUGGUAUAGAAGAGCUUUUGCGCCAUGUUUCUUCGCUGAAGAGUGUUGGUGUUGAUUUAAUCAUCGAAAUUAUUAAAAAUCUCUCCUUAAUAGGAGACUCUAAGCAUAGUGUGCCCUCAGAAAAAGUCGUUGGGAGUACUUCAAUGGAAACUGAUACCGAGGAUAAGGCAAAUAGGAGUUCUUGUUUACUAGUUGGUGAAACAGAUCCAACUUCAAAAGGAGUCGAUGAUGAACAAUUCACCCAACUAAGCAUAUUCCAUGUGACGGUCUUGGUUCACAGAACAACAGAAAAUUCUGAAACAUGUAGGUUAUUUGUGGAGAGGUCAGGAAUUGAAGCUUUACUUAAGCUUCUAUUACGGCCAAGUAUUGCACAGUCAUCAGCAGGAAUGUCAGUUGCCUUCCACAGCACUAUGGUCUUUAAGGGUUUAAUCCAGCAUCACUCUGCUCCUUUGGCACAUGCAUUUUGUUCCUGUCUUAAAUAUCAAUUGAAAAAGGUUUUGACAGCAUUUCACGCAGUUGCAGGUUCCUUUCUGCUGGACCCUAAAGUUACACCAGAUAGUGAAUUAUUUUCUUCCAUAUUUCUUGUUGAAUUUCUCUUAUUUCUUGGUGCAUCAAAAGACAGUCGCUGGGUAACUGCAUUGCUUACAGAAUUUGGUAAUGAUAGCAAGAGUGUUUUGGAAGAUAUUGGUUGUGUUCAACGUGAAAUCUUAUGGCAAGUUGCUCUUCUUGAAGAUGCCAAGCUUCAGAUAGAGGAUGAUGAUACUGGUUCUGGACAGGAGUCUCUGCAGUCAGAAUCAGGUAAUAAUGAAUUUGAGGACCAAAGUGUUGACUCGUUUAGGCAGUUUCUCGAUCCUUUGUUGAGAAGGAGGACACCAGGUUGGAGUUUUGAUCUUAUAAAUAUGUAUCGUGAUCUUACUCGUGCCUCUGGCCUACAACAAAGACAGGGCCGAAAUGGCACUUCAAGUUUUCGGCUUGGAGCCAACCAGCAUUUGCAUCAGCCUGGUGCUUCUGUUAGCAUUGGGUCAAGUGGCAAGGAGGAAGAUGGCAAACAAAAAUCUUACUAUUCUUCUUGCUGUGACACAGUGAGGUCACUUUCUUCCCAUAUCACUCGUUUGUUUCAAGAGCUGGGAAAAGCAAUGUGUCCUCCCUCUCGCCGGCGAGGUGAUAUGAUCAACGUGUCUUCUUCCUCAAAAUCGGUGGCUUCUAUCGUUGCUUCUGUUGCCCUUAACCAUAUGAGUUUUGGAGGUCAUGUUCUCAGUGGGUCGGAGGCAUCUGUUUCUGUCAAAUGUCGUUACCUUGGUAAGGUCAUAGAUUUUAUUGAUGGAAUUCUUAUGGAUAAGCCAGAAUCGUGCAAUCCUGUUUUGCUGAAUGCGUUAUAUGGUCGUGGAGUUGUUCAAUCAGUUUUGACUACAUUUGAAGCUACUAGUCAGCUGCUUUUUUCAGUUAAAAGAACUCCUGCAUCCCCAAUGGACACUGAUGAGGGGAUUCUAAAGCAGGAUGAUAGAGAUGAAACUGAUCAUUCAUGGAUACAUGGUUCUUUAGCCAGCUAUGGUAAAUUGAUGGAUCACCUUGUAACAUCAUCAUUUAUACUAGUCCCAUCCACGAAACACUUGCUGACACAACCUUUAGUGAAUGGGGAUAUUCCGUUUCCUCGGGAUGCUGAGACGUUAGUGAAAGUCUUGCAAUCUAAAACGCUUAUGGUAUUGCUACCUGUUUGGAUGCACCCUCAUUUUACUGACUGCAACCAUGAUUUCGUUGCAACUGUUGUUUCUAUCAUUCGACACAUUUACUCUGGUGUGGAAGUGAAACAUGUGAGCAAUGCUCUAGCACGUCCAUCUGGUCCUCCGUUAAAUGAAACUACUGUUUCCACAAUUGUAGAGAUGGGGUUUUCCAGGCCCCGGGCUGAAGAGGCAUUAAGACAGGUUGGAUCAAAUAGUGUGGAGCUCGCAAUGGAAUGGUUGUUUUCACACCCAGAAGAAGUACUAGAAGACGAUGAACUAGCACGUGCACUUGUUAUGUCCCUUGGAAGUUCUGGAUCAGAUACUAGGGAAGAUCUUACAAAUGAGAACAGUGAGCAGAUCGAGGAAGAAGUUGUUGAACUUCCUCCAGUUGUAGAGUUACUAUCAACUUGUACAAAGCUUCUGCAUAUGAAGGACUCCUUGGCAUUUCCAGUUAGAGACCUUCUUUUAUUGAUUUGUUCCCGAAAUGAUGGUGAGUAUAGAUCAAUUGUUAUUUCAUACAUCAUAGAGCAGGUGAAGCUCUUCAUUGUUAUUUCUGACAGUGGUAGUAGUAACAUGCUAGCCUCACUUUUUCACCUUAUUGCUUUAAUUCUUAAUGAUGAUGUGGCAUCACGAGAAGUGGCUUCAGUGAGUGGACUGGUUAAAGUUGCUUCGGAUAUACUUUCUGGCUGGAUUUCUGGUUUACAUGACUCGGGAGUACCCCAAGUUCCAAAAUGGGUUACAUCUGCAUUUGUUGCUGUAGAUCAACUUGCUCAGGUGGAUCAGAAACUUAGUGAUGAUAUUUUGGAGUUGUUGAAGAACGGUGAUGAUAGUAUGCACAGGUCUGUGGUAAUAAAUGAUGAGAAACCAUCCAAAACAGACUUAGCCCAUGGAUUGAAGUAUAUCAACAUACUGGAACAGAAACGCCUUGUUGAGAUAGCUUGUUCUUGUCUGAGAAAUGAGCUUCCGUCUGAAACAACACAUGCUGUUCUCCAAUUAUGUUCUUCACUCACCAGAAACCAUGCUGUUGCGGUUAGCUUUCUUGAUGCAGGGGGUUUGCCUUUGGUGCUUUCCUUGCGGAGUAGUAGUAUGUUCGUUGGGUUUGACAAUGUUGCUGCUGCUAUAAUCAGACAUAUUCUUGAAGAUCCCCAGACACUGCAGCAAGCAAUGGAACAUGAGAUUAAGCAUAGUAUUGCAACUACCACUAACCGACAGUCCAAUGGUAGACUCACACCACACAACUUUCUCUUGAAUUUAACCUCCGUAAUUUCACGAGAUCCUGUAAUUUUUUUGCGGGCUGCACAAUCUGUAUGCCAAGUUGAGAUGGUAAGUGAAAGACCAUAUAUAGUGUUGCUGAAAGAUCGGGAGAAGGAUAAGGUAAAAGAGAAAGGCAAAGAGAAAGAAGGCAGAGAGGAGAAGGACAAAUCACAGACUACUGAUGUAAGGGGUGUGCAUGGAAAGCCUUGUGAUAUAAAUUUAAAAAAUGCUAAAGUUCACAGGAAACCUCCACAGAGUUUUGUUAAUGUAAUUGAGCUUCUUUUGGAUUCAAUUAUUACUUUUUUCCCUGUGAAAAAUGAAAUGAUAGCAGGAGAUUGUUCAUCAUCAGUAGAUAUGGACAUUGAUGUUGCUGCAAGUAAGGGUAAAGGCAAGGCCAUUGCCUCUGCUCCUGAAGAGAUUGAAGUCAACAAAGAAGAGUCUUCAGCAUCUGCAGCAAGGAUUGUAUUUAUUUUAAAGCUCUUAACCGAGAUUUUGCUGAAGUAUGGUUCAUCAGUUUAUGUUCUGCUCCGCAAAGAUGCUGAGGUUAUCAGUUGUAGGUCUCUUCCGCUUAAGGGUCCUAAUGGCAUGUGCUCUGGUGGUGUAUUUCACCACAUCCUCCAUGAAUUUCUUCCAUGUUCCCGAAACUCUGGGAAGGAAAGGAAACUCGUUUCUGAUUGGAGGCAUACGCUGGCAAGCAAAGCUAGUCAGUUUCUAGUUGCUACCUGCGUUCGUUCCACAGAGGCAAGGAAGAGGGUAUUUAUGGAAAUCGCUUCUGUUUUCAAGGACUUUAUUGAUUCUUUUGAAGGUUUCAGACCACCAGAAAGUAUCAUCCAAAGUUUUGUUGAUUUGCUCAAUGAAGUUCUGGUUGCUCGUACGCCUACAGGUUCUUGCAUUUCAGCUGAAGCUUCUGUCACUUUCAUAGAUUUAGGUCUGGUUAGAUCCAUCACCCAGACUCUCCAUGUCUUGGACUUGGAUCAUGCUGAUUCACCCAAGGUUGCUUCUGGGAUUGUGAAAAUUCUUGAGGUUGUUACCAGAGAACACGUUCGUGCCAGCGAAAAUAAUACCGGGAAAGGUGAAAGCUCAAAAAAGAAUCCUGAGCAAGGUCUGAAUGGAAGAACAGAUAGCGGACCAAACACAUCACAAGCUAUGGAAAAUAUGCUUCAGACAAAUGUGGAUUAUGUGCCAUCCAAUCAUGUUGAGUCUACCAACACUGUCCAGAUAUAUGGUGGAUCCGAGGAUAUCAUAGAUGAUAUGGAACAUGACCAGGAUUAUGAUGGGGGUUCUGCUCCAGCAAAUGAAGAUGAUUACAUGCAUGAAACUUCUGAUGAUACUAGGGGUUUACAAACUGGACUUGAUACGGUAGGCAUAAGAUUUGAAAUUCAGCCUGAUGUCCAAGAAAAUCUCGAGGAAAAUGGAGAGGAUAUGUCGGGUGAUGACAGCGAAGAAGACGAUGAAGAUGAGGUUCAUGAGGUGCACAAUGGCCUUGCAGAUGAAGUCACGUAUCUGCCACAUCCUGAUACAGAUCAAGAUGACCAUGAAAUUGAUGAAGAUGAGUUUGAUGAGGAAGUAAUGGAGGAGGAUGAUGAUGAAGAUGAUGAUGACGAGGAUGAAGGUUUGAUACUUAGGCUGGGUGAUGGUAUGAAUGGAAAUAAUAUGUUCGACCAUAUUGAGGCCUUGGGUAGUGAACAAAACAUUUCCAGUGAACUUCAUGUGAUGCCUGUUGAUGUCUUUGGCACAAGACAUCAAGGACGUACUACCUCAAUCUACAAUCUCCUGGGCAGAAUGGGUGACAGUGCUGCUACUACACGACAUCCACUUUUGGGGGAGCCUGCUUCUUCCUUGCCCAGUAACCCCCCCAGACGAUUAGAUAGUGUACGUGACAUUUUUGCAGAAAGGAAUUCUGAGAGUUCCUCCUUGAGAAUGAGUUCUAUUUUUAGGUCACUAAGAACUGUUCGCCGUACACUCCCACUAAAUUUGUGGGCCGAUGAUAAUCAGCAAAGUAGUGGAUCAAAUGCUUCUGCUGUUCCACAAGGCCUUGAAGAUCUGCUUGUUUCUCGAUUGACACCUGCAGAAUCGAACAAACCCUCAAGAGAAAGCACAGCGGUUGAACCUCAGGGUAAAAGCGAGGCUAAUCAACCACAACCCGAGUUGAUAAUCGAGACUGCUUCUGGAGACAACAGAAGCAGUGAGAUCAAUUACACAACACCUGCACCCUCUUCCACAUUGCCGGAUGCUUCUGCCAGUUUUUAUAUCAGACCAGGAGCAAAUGGAUUGCAGGAAGUCGUGGAUUCGUCACGGUCUCUUUCUCAAUCUGCUGGAAUGCAGUUUGAGCAUGGCGAUGCUGUUGGACGCGAUGUUGAAGGCGUGAGCCUGGCAGGAUUUGAGGCACCAGCUGGGGACAUCCUUCAUGGUUUAGAUGUUGAAACUGGCAGUGCUGUUGGCCAUGAGGAUGCUGCAGAGAGGCAAGAACAGGCUGAUGCUCAAACAAGAGGGGUAAAUAUCUCAUUUGGGAACACUGAGCCUCCAAGUGGAACAGAUAUUCCUCUUUUGAGCGUAAACGAUGUCUCAGAAAAUCGUAGUCAAGAAGCAGAUCAGGCUGCUUCUGCUGGGGAACUGCAGAAUGGUGGUGAUGCUGACUCUCGAUCAAUUGACCCAUCCUUCCUUGAUGCUCUUCCUGAGGAGUUGCGUGCUGAGGUUCUUUCUGCUCGGCAGAGUGAAAUUGCUCAGCCUUCAAAUACGGAGCGUGAUCCGGAACCUCAGAAUGAAGAUAUUGAUCCUGAAUUUCUUGCAGCACUCCCUCCUGACAUUCGAGAAGAAGUUUUAGCUCAGCAACAGGCACAAAGGUCACAUCAAUCACGUGAAUUGGAGGGACAGCCUGUAGAAAUGGACACUGUUUCGAUAAUUGCUACGUUUCCUUCGGAAUUGCGGGAAGAGGUACUUUUGACUUCAUCGGAUGCAAUUUUGUCCAAUCUUACACCUGCUCUUGUCGCGGAGGCAAAUAUGUUGCGUGAGAGAUUUGCACACCGUUAUAAUAGGACACUCUUUGGUAUCCACCCAAGGAACCUUCAGGGGGAAUCUUCUAGACGUGGCGAUGGUAUUGGAUCUAUUCUGGAUAGAACUGGUGGGGUUAUUCUCCGCAGAUCUUUGGGAAGUAUGGCAGUUGAAGCAGAUGGUGCUCCUUUGGUUGAUACUGAAGAUCUGAAGGCAAUGAUUCGUUUGCUUCGUGUUGUGCAGCCACUAUAUAAAGGUCAGCUACAGAGGCUUCUCUUAAACUUGUGUGCUCAUAAUGAAACCAGAACUGCUUUAGUGAAAAUUCUUAUGGAGUUGUUGAUGCUUGAUAUGAGAAAGCCUACCAGUCCUUUGGGUUCGUUGGAACCAUCAUAUAGGUUGUAUGCUUGCCAAAGCCAUGUGGCAUAUUCUCGUCCUCAAUAUUGUGAUGGUGUUCCACCUUUAGUGUCUCGUCGUAUUCUAGAAACUCUAACCUACUUGGCUCGAAGUCAUCCAUUUGUGGCGAAACUUUUCUUUCAAUUCAGCAUGCGUCCAUCUGCACCAGAAUCUUCUAGUCUUGAUGUAAUUCGUGGAAAAGCUGUCAUGAUUGAUGAAGAUAAGAUUGUAAAACUGCAGUAUCAGGAAGAAUACUUAUCCAUCACGUUGCUUCUGAGCCUAUUCAAUCAACCGUUAUAUGUGAGAAGUUUAGUCCAUCUUGAACAGCUGCUACAUCUAUUAAAUGUCAUUAUUGAUCAUGCUGAAAGCAGACCAAAAUCUUCAGAUGCACCUGGACCUUCUUCAACUGAGCAUAUAUCCGUCCAGAUUACCACAUCUAAUGCUGAAAUAGAUAUAGGUUCAGCUGGCACAUCAUCUGGCUCUGAUGCUAGAUCUUCCAAGGCUGAUGACAUUUCCAAACUCUCGGCUAGCAAUAUUAAGAGAGAGUUUGAUUCUCAAGACGUUUUGCGGAAUCUUCCACAAGGGGAACUUCGCUUGUUAUGUUCAUUGCUUGCCUUUGAAGGCCUGUCAGAUAAAGCUUAUGCUUUGGUGGCCGAAGUAUUAAAGAAGUUGGUUUCUAUUGUUCCUGUACACUGUCAUCUAUUUAUCUCUGAACUAGCUGGGUCUAUAGAAAACCUUACCAAAUGUGCUAUGAAUGAGUUACAUGUAUUUGGGGAAUUUGAGAAAGUUAUCCUCCCUGCCACAUCUUCUGAUGGAGCCGCUGUUCUUAGGGUCUUACAGGCAUUAAGCUUACUUGUUGCUCCCCUUUCUGUGAAAGAUAAGAAUGGUCAAGUUCUUCCUGAAAAAGAGCAUGCUGCUGCCCUUACUCUGCUUGGGAGCAUUAAUGCUACUUUAGAUCCUCUGUGGUUCGAGCUGAGCACUUGUGUCGGCAAAAUAGAAAAAUAUUCAGAUUCCCUACAAGAUUUGUCAAUCUCUGCUGUGGCUUCAACAUCAAAACCAUCUCGUGUAAUGCCUCCACUUCCUGCGGGAUCACAAAAUAUACUACCUUACUUAGAAUCCUUUUUUGUGAUGUGUGAGAAGUUGAAUCCCGUGCAGUCAGGUGCAGGACAUGAUAAUGGUGGCGAUGUAGUUUCUAAUGUUGAAGAAGCUACCACUUCUGACAGGAAGCCAAAAACUUCAGGGUCUGCUUAUAAAGUGGAUGAUAAGCAAAUUGCUUUUGUUAAAUUUUCGGAAAAGCAUAGAAAGCUUCUCAACGCUUUUAUUCGGCAAAAUCCUGGUUUGCUUGAGAAGUCCUUCUCACUUAUGCUGAAGGUUCCUCGUAUUAUUGAUUUUGACAACAAACGUGCGCAUUUUAAGUCCAAAAUUAAACAACAGCAUGACCACCUUCACCAUCAUGGUCCUUUGAGAAUUUCCGUUAGAAGAGCUUACGUUCUAGAAGAUUCAUAUAAUCAGUUGCGUAUGAGGUCUACACAGGAUUUGAAGGGAAGGUUGACUGUUCACUUUCAAGGGGAGGAAGGUAUAGAUGCAGGAGGACUUACUCGGGAAUGGUAUCAGUUGUUAUCUAGGGUUAUUUUUGACAAGGGAGCACUACUAUUUACUACUGUUGGCAACGAAUCAACCUUUCAGCCAAAUCCUAACUCUGUUUACCAAACAGAACACUUGUCCUACUUCAAGUUUGUCGGAAGAGUUGUUGCAAAAGCGCUAUUUGAUGGUCAACUUCUUGAUGUUCAUUUUACAAGAUCCUUUUACAAGCAUAUUCUUGGAGCUAAAGUGACUUAUCAUGACAUCGAAGCUAUUGAUCCUGAUUAUUUUAAAAACUUGAAAUGGAUGCUUGAGAAUGAUAUCAGUGACAUUUUAGACUUGACAUUUAGCAUUGACGCGGAUGAAGAAAAACUGAUUUUAUAUGAACGGGCACAAGUAACUGAUUAUGAACUCUGUGAAAAUGGCCGCAAUAUUCGUGUUACUGAGGAAAACAAGCAUCAAUAUGUUGACUUAGUUGCGGAACAUCGUUUAACUACUGCUAUUCGUCCUCAGAUAAAUGCAUUUUUGGAUGGGUUCAAUGAAUUGAUUCAAAGAGAUUUAAUAUCUAUUUUUAAUGACAAGGAGUUGGAACUGUUAAUUAGUGGAUUACCAGAUAUCGAUUUGGAUGAUUUGAGAAUGAACACUGAGUAUUCGGGGUAUAGUGCGGCGUCUCCUGUUAUCCACUGGUUUUGGGAGGUUGUACAAGGUUAUAGCAAUGAGGACAAAGCGCGGCUCCUACAGUUUGUUACUGGUACCUCUAAGGUACCUUUAGAUGGGUUUCGUGCUCUACAAGGAAUUUCGGGAUUACAGAAGUUCCAAAUUCACAAGGCAUAUGGCAGCCCAGAUCACUUGCCUUCAGCUCAUACAUGUUUUAACCAAUUAGAUCUACCGGAUUAUCCAUCCAAGCAACAAUUAGAGGAGAGACUGCAUCUUGCUAUCCAUGAAGCUAAUGAAGGUUUUGGGUUUGGUUAGCGUAGAAAAUUUAAGAAGAUGACAGGAUCGUGUAGAUAAUAUCAUGAGAUGAGAAUUUAUAGGAUAUUUGAAACUGAAGCAGGCACAUGUGUAAUACUGUAUAGUCAAUUAAUUGAAAAUGCUUUUGGCGGUUUUUCAAUUUGCCAAUUAUUCA